UGAGUACUUAGAAGAAGCAUAUGUUGCACAGACAUAAAAUAAUAUAUACAGUUCAUAUAGAGCACUUCCAAGGAGAACAAUCAAAUAGAAAUUUAUAUUCAUCAUGAAAUUUAAUAUAUUUUUCGUCACUUUUAUAUUCUUAAUAAAACAAUCAUUGUGCAAUUUAGAAAAUGACAAAAAUAGUGAUAUUUUGCGGCAAUGUUUGCAAGACAGCAAUCACAAUCCAGAUAUCAGCACCAAUGAAUUGCUAGAGAAAUUUAAAAAUUAUGCCAACUGGACGUAUGAGGAAAUACCUUGUUUUGCGCGAUGUGUGGUAGCUGAGAAGGGUUGGUUUGACAUUGAUCAUCAUCGUUGGAAUAAACAAAAAAUUGUUGAUGAUUUGGGUGAAAAUCUAUACAAUUAUUGUCGUUAUGAAUUCAGUCGUCCGUUUAAGAAUGUAUGUACUUAUGCUUUUAAGGGUCUGAAAUGUUUAAAGGAUGCGGAACUAAAUGUCAUUGUCACCUACUCCCAUCUACUGGAGUGUAUCAACGAGAAGGCAACUAGCAUGUCACAACUUUUGGAAUAUUAUCACUUUCCUAAAGGUGAACGCAUACCCUGUCUCUUCAAUUGUUUUGCCAAUCGUGCCCAACUUUACGAUAAUAACAACGAAUGGAUUAUUAAAAAUUGGCUAAAAGCAUUUGGUCCACCGCGAAAUGUGAAUAUGUCAAAUGUUGCUGUGUGUCGUGUACCGGAUGAGAGAAGAAAAACUAUGAAUGUUUGCGCUUGGAUGUAUGAAGAGUACAACUGUUGGGAACGUUUUAAUUAUAAUACAAAUGGUUCGGUAGCUUAUCGUAAGGCAUUGAGAAAGAGCAAUGGCCAGAAAAUGUUUUAAGCGUGUUUCUACUACUAUUACGAUUAGUUAGUAUGAGCGCAUACGAAAAUGCGAACAAAAAACGAAAACAAAAGAUAUUUUUAAAUCUAAAACAGUAUUGGCAUAAAUAACAAAACAAAUAAAAGAAAAAUAUUUAUAAUUCAUCUGAAAUUAAAUGUAAGAUUAUAAUUUUAGCGCAAAAAUAAAUGCAUCGCCGUAAUUAUUGUGUUAAAAAC